AUGCAUAAUAAUGAUACAUUCCCAUAUCCUUCUUCUUCUUCUUCUUCCUCGUUGACGUUAACAUCUUCAGUAUUAACUCUUCAACAAUCAACAAUGAUUUUGAGAAAUUCAACUCAAUCAAAUUAUGAUAAUUUAUUAAUUAGUCAUCAUGAGAUCACAUAUCCUUAUGGUGUAUGUGGUCAACAUGGUACAUGUGUUAGUACAGAUAAUGGAGAUUAUAAAUGUAUCUGUGGAACUGGUUAUCAAGGAAAAUAUUGUCAUCAGCCAAUUAAUUAUUGUGAAACUAUGCCAUGUAUGAAUGAUGGUACAUGUAUAAGUGGUUUAGAAGGUUAUGAAUGUAUAUGUGAAGAGGGAUUUAGUGGUGUGCAAUGUGAACAUCCUAUUGAUUUAUGUCAACCAAAUCCAUGUCAAAAUGGUGGCUAUUGUCAGCAUACAUUACAUCCAGGAGAUUUUCAAUGUCGUUGUGCACCAGGUUGGUCUGGUCGUUGGUGUGAAUUUCAAACAGAUAAUCCAUGUAAUAUGGCUAAAAUUUGUUUUAAUAAUGGUAAAUGUCAUCAAGAUCAUUUAAGUCCUGGACUAUUUAAAUGUGAAUGUGAUAAUCAAUGGAUUGGAUCUGUUUGCCAGUUACGUCGACCAGAAACAAGAUCAUGUGUACAAAAAAAUCUAUGCAAAAAUGGUGCUACAUGUGUUGAUUUAGGUAACAGUUUCAAUUGUAUCUGUCGUCCUGGUUUCGAUGGUCAAUAUUGUGAAAAUGAAAUUAACGAAUGUAAUUCAAUGCCAUGUUAUAAUAAUGGAACAUGUAAAGAUCUUAUUAAUUCUUUCGAAUGUGAUUGCCCUAAAGGUUUCAUUGGAACAGACUGUAGAAUAAACGUUAAUGAAUGUGCUUCAUAUCCAUGUUCAUUUGGAUCAACUUGUAUUGAUCGUGUUGGAACAUAUGAAUGUAUUUGUCCAGAACAACGAUAUGGUCGACAUUGUGAAGAAGUGAUCAUUGAAACAGAACCAAAACCUCCAGCAUGUAAUUUUUAUGGUCGAAUUUAUGAUCAUAAUGAUAAUUGGACUUAUAGCUGUCAACAAUGUCAUUGUAAUAAAGGACAAAUUAUAUGUACUGAUGAUUUUUGCGGAUAUUGGUCAUGUUUACAAAUUAUUGGAAAAAAUGAUCGUUUCGCUUGUAAAAAUGGUGAAAUAUGUCAUAUUAUCUCAUCAAAUGGUUUAAAUAAUAAUGAUUGUUUUGUACCACCAUGUUAUUUACGUACAAUUUGUUUAAAUGCUAGUCAAUCAAUACAGGGACAAUUAAAACAAUUAUUACCUAAUUAUUAUUUUAAACAAUCAUUACCUGGUUGUCGACCAAAUAGUUUUAUAUUAAAUAAUCAUUGUGCUAGAUUAUUAUUACAUUUUUCUAAAUUACGUAUGUCUUAUUCAACAACUAUUGAUGAUAUAUGUAAUGCUGUAAAAAAUUUACCAUCAUUAAAAAAAUAUCAUCACUAUGGUAGUAGUAGUAGUGGUGGUGGUGGUGGUGAUGAUGCUGCUGAUGAUGAUGGGGGUCGUGGGAAAUUGGACAUCGGUAUAAGUUGUGAUAUAAAAGCUGGUUAUUCUAUAGAACAACAAAAUAUAAUAGAAGUAACACUUAGUUCAUUGAAUGAUCAAGUUCGAAUUGGUCCAGAUGGUAGAGAAUAUUCAUUUAUUCAUGAAUUAGCUAGAAAUUUAUCUAAAGAAGCUUAUUUAGCUGCAUCAACUAAUUUAAAAUUACGUAAAGAUAAUUUGAAACUAUUCAAUAGUGGAAGUGACAGGAAUUAUGAGUUUGCCAAUAAUGACAGUAACCAUGAUGAUGAGGAUGAUGAUGAAGGCAUACCGUUACCACCGAUGUCUAUGAUUUUAGGCACUGAUCAAUUAGAUGAUUAUUGGCAUAGAGUAUUGCUUGGUAUAAUUGAAAUUCAAGUUGAUACAAUGGUUGUAAAUGAAAAUGAUUUUGGUAAGUGUAAAUAUUAUUAAACAGUAAUUCAAUUUAAUAACUUUCAAUCCCUUUGUUCUGCAUGAUUGUGAUGCAUAUCAGUUGUCUGUUUACUUAUUAUUGUGAUAGUUUGCUAUGCACUACUUUAUGACUGUGAAAUACUCCCUUAGAAGGUGAAGAAUACGAAGAGGUUGUAAGGUUUUUGAAUAUAGGCAUCUUUGAAUAAUCACUCUCAGAAAAGUGAAAACACAGGUUUGUGGUUCAGUUUAUGGUACGAGGCAAAUUGGAUCGGAAUUUACAUUGGAUUUGGGGCAUAUAGUACAUAAUGUAAGUUUAAUGAGUUUUAUAAAAUAAUAGGACAAAACAAAAACGGCAGCCAUUCAUUACAUCGAUUUAUUCUAACAUCAACACGACAUAAUAUGAUUAUCGGUACGAAUCAAUCGUACUUGAAGAAAAGUUUCAGUCGUGAUAUUUUUAUAUCGUCAGUCAGUCAGUGAUCUUGAAAGCUGUUAGAGGUAGGAGGUUAGUUAUCACUUCCCGGUUGUCCACACCGUGUAAGGGUUCUUCUAGAGAUACCUGAAUAAGAAAUUGGGUUAAAAUUGGUCUUAGUGACCUGAGAGCGUGACCGCAGUGCUCAAUGGAUAACUGCUUAAAGUCGUUCACACACAUUUUUUUGUUAGCUCCAUACUUGUUAGGACCUUACCACCGUAGACGGAUAUCCGUAGGAUAAGGCGAGGUGUGGAUUUUUAGGGUCGACCUUUUCUAA